AUGGACACCGAAGUCAAGCUAUUCAACUCGUCGACCGAGCGCGAGCGGUACGAGAACCUGGCGGACCUCUACGCCAUCAUUGUGUCGCUGGAGAACCUCGAGCGGUCGUUCAUUCGCGACUCGGUCACACAAUCCGAAUACACAACCGAAUGCUCCAAGCUCCUGUCGCAGUACAAGACGGUGUCGCAGAUAGUGAACAAGCCGGACCUGAAGGAGUUUGCGCACACAUACAAGCUCAGCUGCGCGGCGGCAUUGCACCGGCUCGACGUCGGCGUGCCCAGCACGAUCGAGCACGAGACGGUCGAUGUGUCGGGCAACAACGUCAAGCACGUGGCCAAGAUCGUGCAGGACUUUAUCACGGUGCUGGAUGCGCUGAACCUGAACAUGCUGGCAGUCGACAAGCUGCACCCGCUGCUGACCGACCUGGUGAAGGACCUGAACAGCGCGUCGUUCCUGCCGGCGGACUACAAAUGGCGCAGCACGCUCAAGGACUGGCUGAUUACGCUGAACAAGAUGAAGGCGAGCGAUGAGCUGGACGCUGACCAGUCGCGCCAGCUGAUAUUUGAUCUGGAAAAGGCAUACGCCGAUUUCCACAAAGCACUGGACUCGAAGGAAUAG